CGCGAAGGAAGAAAGGACAACCGACAGUAGGGUCCGAUGGAAGCGACGGAGACAUCGGAUGGGUUGACAAACAGCGUACAAGGGACGAUGUCAAAGGAGAGCUGUAUCGAAGAACGGCGGUAUGAAAUUGAACGACAACGUGCCGUCAAGGCAAACCUGCAGCGGGAUAUUGAAAAUUUGCAACGAAAGCGCCGUUGCAUUGCUUUGCAAAAGAGCCGCCAGGUUGCUGAUUACUACACCAUGCAUGGCCAAGUUUUGCAAAUGGAAGAAGCACGAGCCAAUGCUCUGGAGAAACGACAUGAAUUGGACCUGAAGCUGCAAGCCACAACGAAAGAAAAGUCCAAAUGGAAGCAGCGGGUCGCCCACGUUGUUGAGAUUCAAAGGCAAGAAGCGCUGCGAUGGUCUGCGUUCACCGAGAGUAUACAAAAGUCCAUUGAGGGCCAAGCCAAGCCCCUUGAUCUCGAGACCAGUCUGCGUGAGGAGCGCGACAUGGUGAACAACGUGCUUCAACAACAGUACGACAACGGGGCCAAGGCGUUGCAAGAAGCCAAGCACGAGAUCCACGAAACCAAAAUGAUACUCAAGGACAUGGAGAAAAAGAAAAACAUCUUGGCAACCCAACUUCGCCAAGCCCAAGGCAAUCACGAUCAACUUCUCGCUCGUGAGCAAAGUGCACGCGCCACAACUGAAAUGCAGCAGAUCAUGCGAAUGGAACACCCGUCAACGACCCCCGUGUCCAAGCCCCCACGUCGUCGCCACGCGAUUAACAACACGAUCACGGACAAUUAG